CAUUACCAACGAGGCGCAGGGAUCAGGACGACUCUCGGCAGCGCCAUCGCUCGCCCUCUAGUGGCAGCUGGUUUUGAAGUCGGCCUCAGGCUUUGAAGUUCCCCACCGCUUCUCCUUCCUCCUCCCCUCAGCCUGGAUCACCGCCCAGCUUCAGGCGAAGGGGGACGCCUCGAGGUAAAACGGAGGAGGUGCGGGACGCGGAGCCUGCGCGGGCCGGGUAGCCCUGGAGAGGCCGAGACUCUAGGCCGCGAGGGGCGGGUGCGAUGGCGGAGGAACAGGUGAACCGCAGCGCCGGCCUGGCGCCUGACUCUAAGGCCUCGGCGACUGCAGAAUCUACGGUUUCCUCAGUGGAGACCCGUGAAGCCGCUGCCAAGUCACCGGACCCCAAGGAUUACGACAGCACCUGCGUGUUCUGCCGGAUCGCGGGGCAGCAGAACCCGGGCACUGAACUCCUGUACUGCGAGAAUGAGGACCUAAUUUGCUUCAAAGAUAUCAAACCAGCAGCAACUCAUCAUUAUCUUGUGGUGCCAAAGAAGCAUAUUGGAAACUGCAGAACUCUAAGGAAAGAUCAAGUAGAACUGGUUGAGAACAUGGUAACUGUUGGAAAAACCAUUCUUGAAAGAAAUAAUUUCACUGACUUCACGAAUGUGAGGAUGGGUUUUCAUAUGCCGCCAUUCUGUUCCAUUUCCCACUUGCACCUUCAUGUUCUGGCACCAGUGGAUCAGCUUGGCUUCUUAUCCAAGUUGGUUUAUAGAGUCAAUUCCUAUUGGUUUAUCACAGCUGAUCACUUGAUUGAAAAACUAAGAACAUGAAAAUGUCAAGAGUGGAAGAUUUUUCUAAUCUUGGUUCAGCACGAAGUGAUGUUUAGGUCCCUUUUAAGUCUAACUGCAAUUUUAAGAUUUGUUGGGUUUUAUGAGAGGCUGUUACUUAGUGACCUUAAAUCUUUGCUGAAUGUCUGUUUCCUGAGAUCUUUGAUACAGUUAUAUCAAUAUUUUGUUACUGACUUGUUUCAAUGGUUACUUGUAUAAGGAUUUUAUAUAUAUGAUAUUAUAGAUAAAAUCCUAUGUAAGACAAAUUCUGUUAAUCAAGAAGGGCUCUGUAUUUUUUUAAAUUAAAAUAUUUUCACUUCUCAGUAAGUAGUCAAUUACAGUAAUGAUUUAUUUAUGAAGAAUAAACUACUAUCGAAAGUACUUUAUUGGAACCUUUAUUACUGUGAAGGAGAAAAAGAACUUAGCUAUUUCUUGACAGUUCUAUAGUUUUACACAUAAAUUUUCAAAAUAAAAAAUACCAUACUACAUAAUGAUCUCUGAUCUUGCUGAGGGAAGGAAUGAUAUAUGUGCCACUUUUUCCUCAAAUUUAAGAUGCCAGUUUUCACUUCUUGAAGCCUUACAUCUUUUUAAUAAGUCUAUCCUGAAAGCUACAUAAUGUAUAUAAUUUCUAUCAGUGAAUUUACAAUAACUAUCAAAUUGGCUAUUAGAAUUCAGUGUAAUGGAAUUUUGCCUCUAAUAACAUAAAGGGGGGAGAAACAUAAAGUGGUUCUCUUAAUAAAACUAGCAGAAAAUGUUGCUUUAUGGCAUGUUUUUGUAUCAAAGAGAAAUUAGUGGUUAAACUUUGCUUUUAUAAUGAAAAAGGCCUGAUUUGAAAGUAGAGAUAGGCUUAGAUGAGAAAAAUUGAUAACACGAUAUUAAUACUAUUGAUAUAUCAUUUCAUGAGGCAUAUUUUGUUAGAAAUUUUUUUUUUGGUGCUAACCUAUAGGCACAGUAGUGAAUAUGAAUGAAGAGUAGGUGCUGCAAGUUAAUCCUACAUUGUGCCAAUGUAUAAUAGUACCAUUCAUAUGAAUAUGAAUAAAUGAACAUGAGGAUUAACAUAUUGUUGAAAAUAGACUGAGGUACUAGUUUUCUUUCUUUUUUAGAGGGGGCAUGAUAUUAAACAUAGUUUUAAGUAACAAAUUACUUAUUAAAAAGUUACAACAUGUGGAAUCAAUACUGUUCUAUUUGUUCAUUAAUUUAUUCAUUCAGCAAACAUUUGUUGAACAUUUAAUGUGUACCCGAUAUUGCCAGGAUCAGGAAAUAAAGAAAUAAAAACAGACAUUCAGCCUGCAAUUGCUAGAAGAGGCCAGAAGAGGCUGUGAAGGGAUAAACACUUCUGAGAGUGGGUGGUAGUAGAACUGAGUUUUCAAGACUGAAUGUUGGGCAGGUAGACAGUGACUGUUUAGGCUGAGAAACCCAUAAGUACUUUCCUUGAGUUCUGCUUCCACUAUUACUUACUUUACAAUAGAUGUUAAUGUUCAGAUUUCAUCUUAUUUACUAAAGGUGGAGAAAGAAUGUGGAAGUAGGGGUUAUGAGCUCUCAAAAGUAGAUUUAUAGAUUUUAUUUUAAUCACUGUUUUGUGAUAUAGUUCACUGACCACUUACAUAGAUUAACAGUUACAAGUUUCCAUAAAUCAGUUAGACUAUGACAAGCUUCAGGGAAAGAAUUUUCAACAACUGCAAUCUUUGAUUGUUUUACUAUGGGAACUUGCAGGGAUAUAAUUGACAACAUUAUAACAAUAAUAGGUAAAGUAUUUAAGGAAUUCUCAAAUGCUUUAUGGACCUCUUCAAAAAUGUGGUUAGCCAAUUGAUUCAACUUUUAUAGGUUUAUAUGCUCUCAUAUAAACCUAUUUGUUAAAAAUCCUUGGAAACACAUUUUUUAGUAGAGGUUCUCAUUUACUUAUAAAGAUUAAUAAUAAAAUUACUACAAUUAAUAUCCAUUUAGCUUUUUCAGUAGUCUAAAUAUUUGGUAACUCCUUAGCCAUCUAUAAUACUAGCUCAAAACAAGGCUAAUUCAUAACCUGUAUUAAAAAUGUUUGAAGUGGUAUCAAGAGCAUUGUUUAUGCAUGUUGUGAUACUAUUUGUGGAAUUGUAUAAGGAGCUAUUUCCAACUGCUAGAAGAAAAUGAAAUAAAAAUGGGAAAAUAC